UUUUAGCUGCUGUCAGAUUUUCCAAUUGACAAGCGCGGUGCCAAUUUCUGUCCAAGUUUUUGUGUAUUCUCUCUGGAAGAAAAUUGUGUUUUUUUAUAAAAUUUUCUUAAACGAAUUCGCGAAAAACUUUUAUAUUUGUAGCUUACAAUGGCGCUAGUGUAAAAAUGUACGAAAUUUCUGCGGUAUAUUAAAUCUGGCUAUUACGACCAGAAAAAGGUACGGCAGCAAGCCGUAGACAGACAGGCAACCGUCUUUGGUGACAGAUUGAAAAUCGAUUUUUUCAUGUAAAGUUUAUAGCAAUUUUUUUCGGUGGUAUUCUACUCGUCGGCGAGAAAAGCGGUUCGUAGACUAUUGAAGUAAAUUUUGUAUGCGAUUUCUUGUAAAUAUGAUUUUUCAACCCAGCGAAGAAAAAAAAAAUAUUGUUGGCACCCGGCUUAUAAUUAAGAAAUAGCGUUAAGUAAAAAGUUCACAAAAACAAUUCAAGAAAAAAGAAAAUCAAACAAUUCGGCCAUCAAAAAACAAAAAACGCGUUCAUUACCACGUCCAAGAGCAUCUACAUUUUUUGGCUAAAUCACAAAUUCAUAGCUGCGCUUUCAGCAUUUGCGGCUAAAUCAAUAACCCAUCAUUCUAACACCCCAGCCAAAACAUAACAACAAAUCAAGUCAGUCAGACGUUGCAGUUGCAAUUUUUUUGCGAAAAACAGAAAAUUUGUAUCAAAGCAUCUCCCAAACGAAUUUCAGUGACACACCAAUCAACCAAUUAUUAAUUAGCAACGAAAAAUGAACGUGUGAAUUGAAAAUAUCAACUUUAAAACACCAAAACCAUUACCGAAGCAACCGAAGCAAAACCAAACCAAAAGCAAUGAGUUCCCGUCAUUACACCAUCGAAGUGGGGGAUACGAAUUUUACAAUUCUCAAUCGGUAUACAAAUUUGAAACCGAUCGGCUCGGGCGCUCAGGGCAUAGUAUGUGCUGCCUACGAUACCGUAACCGAGCAAAAUGUUGCCAUUAAAAAGCUAUCACGACCAUUCCAAAAUGUAACACAUGCUAAGCGGGCUUAUAGAGAGUUUAAGUUAAUGAAAUUAGUAAACCAUAAGAAUAUUAUUGGAUUACUCAAUGCAUUUACACCUCAACGUAGCUUGGAAGAGUUUCAAGAUGUUUACCUUGUUAUGGAGUUGAUGGAUGCAAAUCUAUGUCAAGUCAUACAAAUGGAUUUGGAUCAUGAUCGUAUGUCGUAUUUGCUAUAUCAGAUGUUGUGCGGCAUAAAGCACUUACACCUAGCCGGCAUAAUACAUAGGGAUUUAAAGCCAUCAAAUAUUGUGGUUAAAGCGGAUUGCACACUUAAGAUAUUAGAUUUCGGUUUGGCACGUACAGCUGGUACGACGUUCAUGAUGACACCAUAUGUAGUCACACGUUAUUAUCGUGCACCCGAAGUUAUUUUGGGCAUGGGCUAUACAGAGAAUGUUGACAUUUGGUCUGUGGGCUGCAUUAUGGGUGAAAUGAUAAGGGGUGGUGUUCUAUUCCCCGGCACUGAUCAUAUUGAUCAAUGGAAUAAGAUUAUUGAGCAAUUGGGUACUCCGUCUACAUCAUUUAUGCAACGUUUGCAACCAACUGUCCGUAAUUAUGUUGAAAAUCGGCCACGUUAUUCCGGUUAUUCAUUCGAUCGACUUUUCCCAGAUGUACUCUUUCCAAAUGAUAAUAAUGAGCAAAGUCGACGGAAGGCAUCCGAAGCACGUGAUUUACUUAGUCGUAUGUUGGUGAUUGAUCCCGAACAACGUAUUUCGGUGGAACAAGCACUAUUACAUAGUUAUAUUAAUGUUUGGUAUGAUGCUGAAGAGGUAAAUGCACCAGCACCCGAACCAUAUGACCAUAGCGUCGACGAGAGGGAGCAUACCGUCGAACAAUGGAAGCGACUUAUAUACGAAGAAGUUAUGGAUUAUGAGGCACACAACACCAAUGCGCCAGUUAAUACUACGCGGUAGACCCUGAAUUAAUUUAGGCAUGGCAUACUAAUGCUUCUGAGCAACUCUUAAUGUAUAUAAAAUAUAAGAACAAUAAAAGCAUUAAUACUUUCAAAAUGAGAUAAAGUAAAAUAAAAUAAACAAAAAAAAAAAAAACAAAUUAUUAGAGAUCAGCUUGUUUCGCCUCUCAAACCAAAAAAAAAAAAAACAAAAAAAAAAAACAAUUAAAAUAAAUAAAAGGGAUGAAAUGAAUGUUUUUAUUUGCAGCAGUGCAUGAAAAGUGGAAGGUUCGUUCUGGAUCUUUUGUUUAGCAUAAGCGAAAAGAGAUUUUGAAUACAAUAUUUGAAGUAUGCGAAAAUGUAUGUAAUGGAAGAGUACAAUAUUACAAAAGCAGUGUAUGCUAUAUUACAAAAAAAAAAAAAAUAGAAAAAAAAUUAAUACCGAACCCUAAAUUAUUUGGCGAAAAUCGUAGAAAGUGUAAUUCAUUUAGUGAAGAAUAAAAAUAUUCCCGCUAUCUUAAAA